UGAGGCAGCCUGGAUGUUGUGGAGAGGAUCCAAGAGAAAUGAAAAAGGCACCCAUGGUUGCCUACAAGAUGCAACUUGGAUGCCAACACGAACGUCCGUUUCCAUGGCGCCAUGGCGCGACAUCACUGUGAUGGACAUGUCUCACCGCCAGCGCCACAGGGUUCAGUGGUGGUGUCAAUGAGAACUGAUCGCUCCGCUGAGAUUCUGCCUCAAGGCCGUGGCUUAAAAUGUUUUGAGAGGAUAUCUGUAUAUAUGUAGCUUCAAUAUCCUUUCAUCUCCUGUUCUCCAUUCAUCUUCUCCUUCAUUUGAAUCGAAUGCUUUGUUGAAUACCAGCCUGUCCUCACAUUCAGCACUCAACAAAUCCCCCCAUUUAUUGAUACUUGCAGCCCCCCCCCACCUCUCUGAUCAAGCCUUCUUUCUGUUUUUUGAGAGCUUUCUACGACAUAUUAUAACGUGUGUCAACAUCCCUUUACGCCAUGCCUUCUCUCCGCACAAAUCUAGAGAAGCUCGCCGUCGAACAAAACCCCAACACCAUGCGCCAGAAAAGCGGCAGCCCAGAGAUCGAGGCUGUCCUGGAACUGCCCCCCCUACCCGCGCCCGUCAAAGAUUUUGCCUCCUAUUUCUCUCAAGCAAAGGACACGCUAGUGCCUGAGCUUCUCGAGCCGUAUCACGCCUACGAGGCGGAGCUCAGGAAGUUCUAUGCCCAGCAGCCAGAUGACCCGGUCCUGAAAGAUGGGCACAUCAAUACCGUCCCCAUCUAUGCUGGGCAGGAGUCGGCUCUGAAGGUCCGCGCGCGCAAGCUGGAUGAUGAGACGGAGGCUGAGAAGGAGAAGUAUAUUAUGGGCCUCAGCAAGGCUGAUCGUAAGCCCGAUGGUUCUCCAGCUGUAGUUACCUCCUUGAAGGAGUUCCAGAGCAACUUUAACCUCUUCUCGGAGUCGUCAUUGAGCGAACUGGACUGGAGCAAUGUUGUUGCUGCAGGGAGUUCCGUUACGACUGCGCUAUUACCCGUCCCAGAGAAGUGGUCUGGAAGCAAGAAGAGCUUGAGGGAGUACUAUCAUGAUCGGCUUGCCCCGGCAAGUGAUGUGGAUCUCUUCCUCUACGGCCUUACGGAGGAGGAGGGACUGCAGAAGAUUAAGCGCAUUGAGACAACGGUCAAGGACAGCAUUCUUCACGAAGUAACGACUAUUCGCACGAAGAACGCUAUAACUAUUGCCAGUCAAUAUCCGACUCGCCACGUUCAGAUUGUCUUGCGUCUCUACGAUUCCAUCUCUCAGAUCAUCACCGGUUUCGAUGUUGACUGCGCCUGUGUCGCGUACGAUGGUAAGGAGGUUUAUGGCAGCCCCAGAGCGCUUGCGGCGUUUUCAACGCAGACCAAUACUAUUGACCUUACCCGUCGGUCUCCAUCAUAUGAGAAUCGUCUUUCGAAAUACUCUCACCGUGGGUUUGAAGUUCACUGGCCGGACCUUGACCGAUCACGCGUCGACCCCACGAUCUUUGAGAGGGCAUUCCGGAAGACGCUUGGUCUUUCCAGACUUUUAGUUCUGGAGAAGCUCCCCCGGACCGUAGACCGCGAGGGGUAUACUGAUGAGCGACGCAAAGAGAGAGGCCGCCCCGCUGUCGAUAGACACGUCAGAGACCAGCACAAGCUCUUUGGAAAUAUUAAGGAUGAGCAAGAGGACGAAGUUGCCGAUUGGGCCGAAGAAGACCAGGUUUCCAACUACCACACCAUUGGUGUGCCGUAUGGAAAACGAUUCACUGCGCGCAAAAUUGAACGAGUGUUGUACACCAAGGAUCUCCUCCUCAACUCCGAAUGGAAUCGCCCCAAGGAGCGCGAAGUUGAACUACAUCGUCACCCCUGCUUCUUUGGCACUGCUGAGGAUGUUUUGGGAGAUUGCUGUGGCUUCUGCCCCGUUCCCAAGACAGACGAGGAGAUUGAGAUUGCAGAGGAAGAGAGCAAGACUUACAUCACAGGACCCCUUAUCUUCGUCAAAGAUGACCCAGGACGGCAGGAGAUUGGUAGUUUCAAUCCUAUCACCACCGAUGACUGGACUGAGAUGGCAUAUGUUGGGAACACCCAAAUGCUUUGUCAGGCAAUUGUCGAUGGUGAUAUCGACUACAUUACGGGCUGGUGCGAGCAAGAAGGCAACGACAUCAACACGAGAGAUUAUGUCGGCAGGGCGCCGCUUCACCUGGCUGUCAUCAAUGGAAAUGCAGACAUUGUCAAGGUUCUCAUUGACAAUGGUGCUAAAAUCAUUGCCAGACUCCUUGAUGGACGCUGUGCUUUGCAUAUUGCUGCACAACUGGGCCAUGCCGAUAUCAUAAAGAUCUUGAUGGACAAGAGUCUUGCGAAUGAAGAGGAAGAGGCAGAAAAGGAGGAUAAACUUCGAGCUGCUAAAUUGGCCGCAAAGAAAUCCGGAGAUGACGACGAGGAGAUGGAAGAUGCCGACGGAAGCGAUUCGGAAGGCUCAGGAAUGGAGGUUGAGACGGAAAAUGAUAGUGAUAACGACUCGGAGACUCAAGGCUUCACUAAAGUUAAGGGGGCUGCACUAGGAGAGUCGAAUGAUAUUCUAGAUGAUGAGGAUGCGCCUGACUUCUACGAUAUUAAUGUCGUUGCCUGGGAUCUGCAAUGCACUGCACUGCACUUCGCCAUCAUGGGCGGUCACAUACCUGUGAUCCGCAUGUUGGUGGGAGAGUAUGGAGCAGAUGUCCUGCUACCAAUCAAGAUCGGCACAAAGCAUGUUUCCAACCAGGCGAUUCUAUCUACAGUUCUUGCAACGGCAUUGAAGAACGAGAAAGCGAGGGAUGUUAUUGACACUCUGCUUCAGCUUGGGGCUACCUCCGCCCAAGCCGAUAUGGACCACUACACUGCACUUCACUACGUCGUUGAACGAAACAGGCCAGACCUUCUUGAUAUUUUCUAUGAGCGAGACGGUCCGGCAGUGAAGAGUGUUCUUGAUCUUGUUACCAUGGAUGAUUAUAAGUCAGCUAGGACUAUGGUCUCCAUGGCCAUCAAGGAAGGCGGUGACGAGUUGCUCAAGAAGUUGCUUUCCCUCGGUGCUAAGCCAGGGAUCUCAUUCGAAGGCUUCAUCAAGUGUUACUUUGCUAAAAAUGAGUACGCCAAGAACAGCACCGCCGAACAGAACAUGAAGACGUAUAAAACGAUGUGCUCGCAGCCUAUCGUCCUUGCUGCCAUAUGUGAAUUUCCGAAGAUGGUUGCAGCACUGCUUGCGCACGGUGCUGAUCCCAACACCGUUACCAUCGCUGGUCAGACGGCUCUUGCAGCGACUUAUAAUUAUAACACGAUCACUGCAGCUACUGUUCUUGACGUGGUGCAGCGGAAGAUCAAAAGUUUGAAGGAGCACAAAAGAUUGACAUGGGCAGCAAAUAAGGUGCCGACCACCUUGCAUGAGGAGGCAUAUUACCUCAAAGAUCUUAAGCCUGGAACUUAUAAAUACUGGACUGCGCUCAACCGAUACAGGAAUGUCAAGACCGAAAAUGACGCACAAUGGGUAUCUUACAAUAAAAGCCUCGAAGUUGAGAGUGGCUUCGAAGCUGCCGUGGAUGCGAAGAUGUCGGCGAUUCAGUCGCUUCUCGCCCAAUAUGAAGAGCUUGAAGAGAUUCUUAUUGAAGCUGGAGCAAAGACGUUCAAACAAGCUCACAGUCACGUUAAUCUUGUGGAUAUUGGCGACAGGCAGCCCAAACUAGACCCAGUGUUUUCACCAGAUGUUAAUGCAUACGAGACAAUCUUCCUAUUCAGCGUGCCAGCUUUAAGCGACCAUCUUAUGGAAGGCCACUUUAGACUGUUUGAAGCUGUCUGGAGUAACGACAUUGACGAGGUUAAAUCGUUAACCCUUCGACCUUGGAAGAGCGAGGAUGGGCAGGAGCACCCGGCUUUGCAAAUAGCUGUUAAAGACACUGUCCCUGAAAGAAGCCAGCACUAUGGCGUUAGUAUGCCUGGCUUUGCUUAUAGAUCGAACUUUAUCGUCACGCAAAAGGGGUUCACUGGCGUGUCUCCAUUCUCACUUGCGAUUCUCCGGGGCCCUUCGCAUUACAGGAUGGCCAAGGUGAUUGUUGAAAUCGCUCUUGCGCAGUACGAACCACGGGACAAUGAGGGAGGAAAGAUCAAAUGGAGCAUUGAUUACGACCAAGCUGGCUGUUGUUCUGACCACGGUUCCGAAAGUGAGGAUUCUGAUGACGAUGACCACUCACAGAUUGGCCUUCGCAGUGAACUUGUCGAUGAGGUAUUCACUAUUGAUAAUGUUGCCGCUCUUUCAACGGUCAUCAAGAGCCACGUUAAGCCUAUGGACAUGCUACACUGGCCAUGCAAUGCUCUUUGGUUCAUAGACGAGAAAGAGCGACCAAAAGAGGACGUCCUUGGGAGACAGAGCAGCUUGGUUCAGUAUGCCAUAUUUACCAACGACACCAGACUCCUCAGGUUCCUCUAUCAAAUCGCCGAGGAGCAUGCUGUUCACUUCCCCAACGAGCCGCUAUCCCCUAUCGUGGCUCAGUAUGACUUUGAGCAAGCCAUAAGGCUGGGCCGUACCGAAAUUCUUGGGGAAAUGAUCAAGCGAACUGGCGUUGGGAUUCCGCUUGAUCAUCUCGUUGAGUCGAGUGGUGUCAAGCUGCCGGAGGAGAAGCCACAGUACUAUCAAGGUUUGAAUGUCGGCGGCAAGAAGAAUGCCAGCUGGGCGCAGGCAGGAAAUCCGAACGGUGGUAGCUACAUCUACAGGGUGAGAGAGACAACGCCGCCUCUCCUGAAAGCUGCAAAAUUCGGAAAUCUCGCGUCCGUACAGUGGUUCUUGAGCGAUCUUCCCACGAUCAAGUACCUUGAGUUUGCUGCUAUGCAUGAGAAUGAUAAGCGCGUGGUGGCGCUAUCGAAAUCUGAGAAUGGCUUCAAGGGCACCGCUACGAAAUGGCUUAGCAUGCGCCAUGAACUCCUCCUUCAUGUUGCGGUCAUGACGAUGCCAUCAGAAGACGACCUUCCUGAGCACAUGGAACUUGUCAAAUACAUAGCCUGUAACGAUGCGACCUUCCUCGAAAGCCGCUCCCUCGGCAGCUUCACGCCACUGCAUCUGGCAUGCACCCGCCGUUCCAAGGGCGUCAUUGAAGUCCUCCUCGCACUGGGCUCCAAGGUCCGCAGCCGCGACGCCACCGGCCGCAACAUGAUCCACCACCUCAUUUGCCCCGCAGAAAGGAAUCCCACCUGGACAGAAGAAUGGGAAAAGCGCAACAGCCUCGCCUCUUUCUUCUCCCUUUUCGGGAAGAGCGACGUGACGGAGAUGCUCCUCGAGCGCGACAUCCUGGGCUUUACGCCAUUUGCCCUCUGGCAGUCGCAAUGCAACGCUAAUUCACGCGGCGAAUCUAGCCACGCCUGUACCAUCCCUGAGACGGUGUCCUCCUAUACUGAAGGUCAGCACCUAACUAUUAUGAACUCAGUCGGCGACCUCCCGCUACACGUAGCUAUCAAGCAAGGCCGCCCACUUCACGUACGCGAGUUCCUUCUCCAGAACCCCCAGACGCUAGGUCGCGAGAACGCAACAGGUAUUACAGCCCUGGAGCUAGCGCAGCACAAGCUGCAGAGUGCGACGGUGGAGGGAUUGAAAUCGAGUGCGAAGUCGCGCGCAUCCGGGUGGCGCAGUAAAGAGAUCUUCAACGAGGGACUAGAGACGAAGGAUUGGCGCGAGUUUGUGCCCAAAGAGGUAGCGUCGGAGGAUCCCAAGGAGAGGAUGAAGGCGAAGUUAUUGAAGGGUGAUAUGCAAGACUUGCAGGCGCAGAGGUGGGUGUGGGAGGAGUGUCUGGAGGCUGCGGAGAGGGUGGAGGUCGACGGGGGAGAGCUGAAGAGAAGGCUGGUGUCGUUGGGGGAGGCGAAUGAGGUUGCGAGACGCAUGGUGGUGGCGCAGACGAAGGCGUCGGCGGCGAGGAUUCAGCAGCAUUAUUUGAGUGGGAAUGCGGGGGAGGAGGAGGCGGGGAAGGUGGAGUGGGAUGAGGUUGUGGCGGCGAUGGUGCAUCGGGGGGGGCAGGGAUGGGUUUUAAGGGGGAGGACGGUUGUUUAG